AUGACGACGGCUACGCCCCUGUCGCUGCCGUUCGUUCUCGAUCAGAAAGACCGUGCCCCAGCGUCGCAUUCGGGCCGCCGACGAUGGAAAGCGGAUCGUCCCAACUAUCGGGCCAUCCUCACCGCAAGUCAAUCCAAGAGCUCACCGGAUGAUGUGUCGGCCUCUGCAUCUUCGCGUUUGCAGCAAGGUCUCAAGGCGUCAACAUCACAAAUCGGGCCCGAGCACGACGAAGCCGAGCUCGAGGAAUGGGGUCUUCCUUCGUCAUCUCGGACCUCGAAGCUGGCUGCUCCAACCGCCGCUUUGUCAUGGGACGAGAACUCUGCUCAGGCCAGCUGCUCAUAUCUUCAGAAAGAUAGCGCAGCAGCAUAUACAUCCGCUACACUUCUGGAUCGUUGGGAUCCGUCCAUCUCUUUUGCUCCAUGCUCAUCGAGUGGCUCGGACCCGAAUAGCCGUCGACAAGCCAACGCCCAGCCUAUCGCAUACCGCCCAGAUCUCGGCCGCGUACUUGCAGUAGGCAGAGAAGACGGCACGAUCUCCAUCUACAGAGCAUAUGGCCGCCUCGAGGACUAUGAGCCAACGUCCAGCAGAGAUCAACAUGCACGAGACGCCGAUGACUCUUUUCCAGCCUCCGCUUCGGCCUCUGCCAAUCUCUCGCAGCUCAGUCAGUUCCCCUCUCGCCGUUCAUCCAUUGUCUCGAGCGCAUCUCGUUUACGCAGCCCGGAGAUCGAGACGCCUUCCAUCCGGUUUCCCUCCUCGACUGCUUCGAAAUCGACCUCGUCUUCCGGCCGCGAGCCAAGCCCUCUCCUGCCUUCACUGCCACACGUCGAUCGCUCGUCUCUGGCCGCUCGCUCGACCAUCUCUGCUGCCUCAGUCACCUCGACAGUCGCAGCCAAUGUUCAGAUCGACGAUGGCUUGCCGGCCAACAGUUUCCAGUCUAACGUCAACGCUACGGGUCAUACUACCGGCCGCGCGUUCGGAGAGCAGGCAGAGGAUCGCUUGGAACUACAGAUGGCCGCAGCCGAGAGGAAUGAUCAUCAGCAUGGCGUGGUCGGAGGUGUAAUCGAAAGGCUUGGGCUUGGUUCCCACUCGCAUUCGCCAUCACUGCAUUCUCCAAAGGAGCACUCGCGUCAUCCUACCUCUCACCGCAUUCGAUCAAGCGAGUCCCGUCAGUCCCCCGUGACCCCACCGACCGUCACUCCACCAACCGAAACACGGUCAGCGUUUUCGGAGCAUUUGAAGCUUCAAGCAGCCAGUCAAGGGUCCGCCUCGCCAGCCCCCCUUGACACUUUGGUACCCCCUUCUGCCUCGGAUGCGUGGCUACGCGAUCCGAGUCGAGGGAAAUUCAAGCAGCUCAUGACACUGUUCACCUGCGAUCGCUCUGCUAUCGUUGCGCUUCGACUUGUAUCUUUGCCUGCUGCACGAGCAGAGCCCAAGGCGGAGGCACCAAAUUCUUCCGCGACUGCCCAGCCUUCACUCGACAAGAGCGCUCUGCUUGUUGUCCAGGAAGCCGGCAAUGUCUCACUGUGGUCCAUCCUGGAAGGCACCAUGCUGUGGCAGUCGGACGUGACCUUGGCGACGGAUGCUUCCGCCAAUGCUGAUUCUCUCGACCUUCCGGGAAAGGAUGCAUCGGCGUCGCUGAGUGUGAUCCAGUCGCUCAGCAGGCAGCUCCCCGCAGCCAUCGGUACACCUCUCUCCCGCAGCCCUGCCGGAUCGGCAAGGGCAUCGCCGCGGCCACCGACGCUGACAGCCGGCGACGCCAGCAUGAGACGAUCCAUGCUUCGUGCUGCGUUGAGUGCGCCAGAUGCCUCGACGAGCUCCAGGUUGCGCGAGACACACGGAGUCAAACUGACCAACUCGGUUCAGAUAUUUGAGGUUGGAAGCACUCUCGUCGCUCGAUUGUGGGACUCGCACUCGCUGUCAGUACUCAUCAUCGGUCUGGAGGACGGAAGGCUCUUGCCAGGUGAAGCCCUCGACGAAGUUGCUGAAGCAAAGACGCAGGCUGAGGAUAAAGGCAAAGGAAGUUCCCCUUUGCUUGCGAAUCAUCCUCCCAGUCGGCUGCAUCUCGCCUGGAACCUUCCUGGAUCGGGAGAGCCUCUUGACAAGGUCUUUCUCCUUCAACCGCUUGCCUCCGAUACUGCAGGUGGAAAUGCAAUGCCAGCAUCGAGCGAAAUCGCCCUCUUUGAUCUGGCAACGGGACAGAUGGAGGGCUUGGUCGCUUCAGCGGGGUCAGAAGACUCGAAGCCGAACCGCGAUGGUCAAGGCGCUCGGACCGAUCGCAUCACGGCCCUGUUGCCUCUCAGUCUCGAACGGAUUGCGGUAGCCAGCUCGGGUGGCAUUCAGAUCCUCUCACUUUUGUCCAUCGCGGCUGGUACUUCAAGCUGUUUCCAGCACGUCUCGCCUGCGACCAGCAAGAAUAGUCUGGGUGCGGACCACGAAGUCUGUCUGCUCCGCUCGGCUGUCGCACCGCGAUCAGGUCAACGACUCAUCAUCGGCGGAACGCUGCAAGGCGAGGUGGGCUUCUGGCAAGCAUCCGUAGGAACAACACAGAGCGGGACCUCGCCAUCUGCACCUCAGCUGGAAGCCUCGCUUUGUGUCUCGACGACGCCCGUUGAGGCUCUGGUUGUGUUUGGCGACGAAGACAACACGAUCCGGCUGCACGGAUGCGUGGCUUGCGUAUGCGCCGACAGCUCGGUGACCGUGGUGCUGCUGGAAGGCUUCCGACUACUGUACACUGUGCCGGGCAGAGGUGCGCGUCUAACUUCGCUGGCAGUGCGCGCAGACGAGCUUCUGCUGACGUACGACGACGACAAGGCGCGCGUCUGGGAUCUGCGAACACAGGAGCUUCGCCGAAGUAUUGCGACAGACCAGGCACAGGCGCUCGUCGAGGAUGGAAAAGGAUGGUGGACGGUCAAGGCCAUCGAGCCGUACAGCCCGCUGAAUUCGGGCACAACGGGUGUGCUAUCGCAGCUGGCUUGCGCGCGCGACGAUGCUGCGGCGUCGCUGCUGGUCAACUUUCGACGUGCCAUCGAGGCUGCUGCUCGCGCUGUGCGAGGUGCCGGGCAGUCUGGCGCGAAAGAGGAUGCGGCGCCGCGAACUGGGACGGCAAACGCAGCAUCGUUUCAGCCAUCCGCAACCCUGCGAGCGGAACAGGACUUCGAGCGCAACACCGCGCCGCAGUUGGUCGGACUGGCCUCGCCAGCAGCGCGCAAGGCGGUCAACAUUGUUCGACCCUUGCUACCGACCGUGUUUCCGACUGGACUGGACGCGGACAUGGAUGCCAAGCUUGCAGCACUGCUUGAUUUGGAAGAGCCCGCGUCUUCAGUAUCAUCUCGUCGAGGCCACAGUGCUCUGAGCGUUGGGUUGCACUCUGCACCGGACGCUCUCAUGGUGGGCGGAUCUAAUUACCCAACUGCCGUAGAAAGUGGGGACGACGUCAAAACUGCUUGGAAGCUGAGCAGUCGGCUCACGACGACGCGUCUGCUGGUGGCAUCCGCCCUGCUGCGUAUUCUCGGCCAUGUCAGCGAGCUACAGGGCCUUGCCAUGGAUCUGCAGCAGUUCGUCGAGGACGAAGCUGGCCUUGCAUCAUUGAUCGGUGUGGGAUUCAGAGGCGUGACGCUGAACGAGGUGGUGCCGUACUGGCUGGACAGUAACUCGGAGCUUCAGAGCGCUAGUCGCAGCAUUUUCCACCUUGCUCUAGCACGUAUGGAGGAGGGGCAGCUGGACGAACUGUGCAAUCAGUGGCAAGGCUUGCUGUCGUCCGCAAAGACGGCAGCUGCGCAGAGCUCCAAGGGUCGCGCGGAGAGCAGCACUUCGGCGUCGACGUCGGCUGAAGAAGCCGAGCUUCGAACGCGCGCGCUGGUGCUGGUUGGUAGUAUAGCGGUGGAGCGGUACACGAGCUUGUCGCCGCAAAUGCUCAAGGACAUUGCCAGCACGAUCCACGGGGCCAUUGUCUCGGAUCAGGGCAGCGAGUUGCGGACGGCGCAGGCGCUGCAGAUGCUGGGUGUUGCGAUCGAGCUGUGUCGAAGCGGAUUCUCGGUGUGGCAGCACUACUUUGACGCGGCCGAAGUGGUGCGGUCGUUGUUCGCGCUCAGCACGUCGGCUGCAUCGAGCACUAGCGGCAGCAGCAGCAACGCCAAUGGAGACGGUGAGCUGCGCACCUUGGCUCGAGCCGCAACUCUACAGAUUGCAGCGGAAAACACGCCGCUGUUUAUGACGACGCUCUCGCUCGACAUCCUGCACGCACGCUCGCCCGCACACUGCUCGGCGACGAUGCGCUUGGUCGCGUUCAUGGUGCGCAAACGCCCUUCGGUCCUGGUGGCCAACCUGCCACGCCUCGCAGAAGCAGUAGUGAAAUCGCUCGAUCCUACGCACACGACGAUGCGCGAGGCCGUGGUGAACGCUGCGACCGUCAUGAUCUCGGAGCUCGUCUCGACGUAUCCGAGCGUGAGCUUUUUCGGCGCGGGCCAGCGCUUGGCCGUGGGUACCAAUGAAGGCGCGGUGAUCAUGUACGAUCUCAAAACAGCGACGCGGUUGUACGUGUUGGAGGGGCACCGACGGCGAACGGACGCGGCGAGUUUCAGUCCGGAUGGGCGAAGGCUGGUGACGAUGAGUUUGGAGGAAGGCAGGGUGUUGGUGUGGAAGACUUCGGCCGGGUUCAGCAGCUUUUUCUCGCCGGGGCAGAUGCCGAGGCAGGGCGCGACGGAUGCGAGGUUGACUGAUGGCGCGUACAAGGCGUUCCUAUUCAAUGUGGGUGAUCAGCAGCAACAGCAGCAACAGCAGUCGGGGGUGGAGGCGCAGCAGACUCAGUCGCAGGAACAGGACUUUGUGGGCUUUGACAGAAUCGGGUUCCACUGGAACUCGGAACGCAGCGUCAAGGUUCAGAUUGGUGAGGCGCAGCUCAAUAUCAGUGUUGACUAG